AUGGCGGGGCUCGCGACGAUGCUGGCACUGCCAUCAUGGGCAUCAUCACCCGUGCCGCCGGUGAAGCUUUGCUUCAGCACCACCACCAGCAGCAAGAGGACGGCGAGCGCGAUGCCGAUGGUCAACAAGAAGCGCUUUGCUUCGUCGGCACGCCUCCCCGGUCGCGGCCGCGCCCUAAGGGCAGCGACGGCAACGGCGCCCACCUUUUGUGAUGAUGAGCAGCCGCGGCUGCAGACCGUGGAGCUGCUGCGGCGCCUGGGGCAGGACGGGUGGGUGGAGGACCAGAUGCUGUCGCUGCUCACUCCCGUGGACGAGGCAUGGCAGCCCUCCGAUCUCCUUCCCACCUUCGCUGCCGCCGCCGAGGAGCAGCGGAGCCAGGUGGCGGAGCUCCAGGCCCGCGCGGCCGGCGUGCCCGACGAGCUCCUCGUGUGCCUCGUGGGCAACAUGAUCACGGAGGAGGGGCUGCCCACGUACAUGACCAUGGGAAACCGGGUCGGCGCGGCGGAAGGCGCCAACGACACCACCGGCUGCGACGACCACGGCUGGGCUCGCUGGCUGCGCGGCUGGACCGCCGAGGAGAACCGCCACGGCGACCUGCUCAACCGGUACCUCUACCUGUGCGGCCGCGUGGACAUGCGCCAGGUGGAGAGGACGGUGCACCACCUCCUCCGCCGCGGCAUGAGCAUGCUGGAGCCCUCCUGUCCCUACCACAGCUUCAUCUACGGCGCCUUCCAGGAGCGCGCCACCUUCGUCUCCCAUGCCCACACCGCCAAGCGCGCCGCGCUCCACGGAGACGCCUGCCUCGCCAAGCUCUGCGGGGUCAUCGCCGCCGACGAGAAGCGCCACGAGGUCGCCUACACUAGGGUGGUCGCCAGGUCCUUGGAAGCCGACCCGGACGGCGUGGUGCGGGCGCUCGCGGCCGUGAUGCGAGCCAAGGUCACCAUGCCCGGCGAGCGCAUGACUGACGGCCGCGACGACAACCUCUUCGAUCACUUCUCGGCGGUGGCGCAGAGCGCGGGGGUGUACACGGCGGCGGACUAUGGCGACAUGGUGGAGCACUUCGUGCGCAGGUGGAAGGUGGCGGAGCUCGGGGGGCUGUCCGGAGAGGGGCGGCGCGCGCAAGACUACGUGUGCGGGCUGCCGCGCAAGAUCCGCAGGACGGAGGAGCGGGCCCACGACCGCGCAGCCCAAAAGGAGACCCAAUCCGUCAACAUCAGCUGGGUGUUCGACAGGCCCGUCCGUCUGAACUGA